AUGUCAUUCCCCGAAAGCCUUGUAGAGCAUCCUUUUGCUCGUAUUAACGUCUCGCCCGACGCCCAAGAAGUCAUCGAUGCGAUGAAAAAGGUUCAUGGCUUCAACGAAGCUGUCCACGAAAUCAUCUGUAAUACGAAGGCUUACAUGGAGAUGGUCGAAGAACAGCAGACCUUGGCCCCCAAGACCAAAGAGGAGCACCAAAAAGAACUUGAAGCCGUCAACAAAAAAGGAAAGCCCUGGAUUGGCAAGUAUCUGAGAUGUUUUACUGCAGAGUACUUGGAACAUGGCAAGAAUGAACUACGAACAUGGUCCUUUCCCAAGAUAGUGUGGGAGCACUUCCAGCAGAUGGUUCGCACUCUGUACCCUGAUACAGGCUGUCCUGAACCUGAUAUAUGCUUUAACAAGUACGGCAUAACCCUCUUCGACACCUGGGAUACGUGGGCAGCAGCGUGUCCUAACGUUCCUCCUUUCCUUCGGGUCUUCAAUCAACUCCCCGCUUAUGCGGACUUCGCCUUCCAGGAAAUGGAGAUACGAAAGAUGGACAAAGACCAACGCUAUCUCCAGUUAAUAUAUCAGGUAUGGUGCGGCCCCAGACUGUGUGGCACGAUGCAGAGCGAUGGAACAUGUCAUCAUGCAGGUCAAAUGCAUCAGUUCACGAAGAAGCCGAGAGGUUGGAUGAACGGCAGAGGCUGGACAAGUGGUAAUGCGUACCAGAUAGGACAUGAGACGUCUGUGGACUUGGGCGAACAGCAUUGGGUUGCCAUAUUCGACAUGGAAGAUGGAACACUCGUCAAGAAGCGCGAUUACGAUUGGACCGAGUUCUACGACGAUUGGUCCAAUGGUUAUCCGCAAAUUUAUUAUCAUGAUUGA